UUCGCCGCUAGGUGACAGUAGACCCGUAGUAGCGAGUUUGGCAACCAUGAAGAUGGCUGAUGGAUCCACUAUUUUAAGAAGAAAUAGGCCUGGGACAAAAGCGAAGGAUUUCAGUCGUUGGCCAGAUGAACCAUUCGAAGAAAUGGAUAGCACACUUGCUGUACAGCAAUACAUUCAGCAACAGAUACGAAGAGACCCAGCAAAUAUUGAUCUUAUUCUCACCCGGCCAGAAUCGCAGGAUGAAGGCGUUUGGAAAUACGAACACUUAAGGCAGUUCUGUAUGGAGCUAAAUGGUUUGGCAGUUCGUCUUCAGACUGAAUGCCAUCCAGAAACAUGUACGCAGAUGACAGCUACGGAACAGUGGAUUUUUCUAUGUGCUGCACACAAAACUCCAAAGGAAUGCCCAGCAAUUGAUUACACGAGGCAUACGCUAGAUGGAGCAGCUUGUUUGCUAAACAGUAACAAGUAUUUUCCUAGCAGGGUAAGCAUCAAGGAAUCAUCAGUUGCAAAACUUGGCUCCGUAUGUCGAAGAGUAUACAGGAUUUUCUCACAUGCAUACUUUCAUCACAAAACUAUAUUUGAUGACUUUGAGAAUGAAACGUACCUGUGUAGGCGAUUUACAGCAUUUGUUACAAAAUAUAAUCUCAUGUCAAAAGAUAAUCUCAUUGUUCCAAUCCUUGAAGAUGAAGGCAGUGGAGAGACGGAUGCUUAGGAAUGCAGAUAAUGGAGAUGGUGUGAAUUAUAGAAAUGGAAUGAAGGUUCAUGGCACGAGGCCUAGGUGACCGAGCAGUGUGUUGUAUUGUACCACACUGAUGAAGUAUGAUCAGAACACAUUUCUUGUGUCUCAUUCCUUAGGAAAAUUGAAAGAUAUGGUGACCAUUCUUCUUGCAUUUAAAGAGAAAGCAUUCUUGUCAAUCCGUUGGAAUAUAACCCAGAUGACUUUCGUAGGUUUCACUACUACCCCAUGAAGAAUGUGUUACAGAAUCUUCUGGCAACUGCCAUGAACUGGUAACAUUAUGCAAUACUCAGCUAUUUAUAAUAUAGCUUCAGGUAGGAGCUGGUGACUAUACUUUGUAUACAUGCGGCAGGACCAAGUAUAUCCGGCCAUUAUGCCUUUUUGGUGCUGUGCACCACUCAUUAAUAAUUCUCCCUAUCCUGUCUAGCAGUUAGAACAGGAUUGAACUAAUGCAGGUACUUUCACCAUGUGCUGUCAUAAUUUCAUAGGGAAGAAUGUCAUAUCAUUGUAGUCACAUUCAUUCAAUUUUAUAUUUACUCUUCGUUUGCUGCUGCUAUGACACUUCAUUGAACAUACGUUGAUCAGAAUUUAGGAUAAAUUUAUUUAUUUAAUACAUGUUGGUAUAAUAGAUAUGAGAUCAUACAUGUCAGUCACAUAAAAGCUAAAAGUUUUGCAAAGUUCUGUGAUUUGCUUUUACUUUCAGUUUAUCGUCAAAGAUUUUAUUAGUCAUUGCCUGAAAAUACUUGUGUACAGAGGGUGAGUCAGUAAUAAUCUGCAUCCACUUCUUUAAUUAGUAAAACCAACUGAAAGAAAAGUGUAGUCCAGGAGUUUUUCAUUUUUCUUCCUGCUUUCCAGCAUGCUUGUGUAACAAGCCAGAUGCUGGUAUUUCAUGCCAAAAAAACCAUGGAUUCUCCCUUCAUCCAUACAUGUUGAUAACCUCCAGCAGUAGGUAUUUUUUAAAUGGAGCUAAUAGGGGAUAACUAAAGGGAUUCACUAUGAACUAUGUAUUUGGAUUUAUGAAUGCCACAGAACAGACAUACAUGAACAAAUUACCAUAGCUCUUGAGAUUGUGUAGAUUAUAUUUUUCUACACACUCUCAUUCUUUCAUUCAUUCACUCACUCACUCACUCACUCACUCACUCACUCAUUCUGAAUUGGUCAGAAUAGUGGUCCCAAAAAUAAUAGAUAGCUUAAAGAUUGCACUCUGUAAGCUGUUGCAGUAUACACCUCAUAUGUCUGUUAUUUAUAAUUUGAAACAUACGAUGAGAAGUAAAUUGCAUUCUGUUGGUUAGUUUGUUAAUGACCACUGUUGAGGUUGGUUUGUUCUCUAUGCAUGUGAAAACAUGAAGGAGAAAGAAAGGGGGAAAGUGUGUUAUUUAUUUGUAUUAACAGUCAGCUCAAAUUAUUAGUGAUGAUAUGUUUAUUCACAAAGGAAACUGAGUGAUGCUCUUGAAAUUUGACAGCAAUGAGAGAAGUGCCAUAUAUUAAAAUGUGCAUGUAGAAAAUAGUGCUGUGAACCUAAAGGACUGUAACAGAAAUGUGGAGAAUUAAUGACUCACCAUCAUAUUAGGGUUUUUUCAGCAUAUGUGACCAUGUGUCAUUUUAUUAAAGGUUAUUUCAUAGUGCAAACACAUUUCUUUAAAAGUAUACUUUGUUAGUUAAAUCCAGUACAGCACAAUAUUAAAGCUACAGUUGAAAUAUACAUUUGAUAUUGAAUGUAAAUACCAGUUUCUUUAAAAAUUUCUGUUUUAAUAACAUUUACACCUGUACACUUUAUCAGUAUUUGGUGUAUUGUAGCUUUGGAGUUCUUCAUAUUUGUGGCAUUGGCAUCUCAGAACAUUAGUCGAGCACACACAUCUGUGAUAAGCUAGAGUUGUCAGAUAUGUAAGUCAGUUAUUUAUAUUCAUUUUAAUAGUUUUUGUUUCUAGGUGCUCUGUAUGAGCUAGUUACAAAGGUGAAAAACAACCAAAAAGAAUAAGAAAUAUUUGCAAAACUUUAUUUAUGUGACUUAUCUAGUUUCUUAAAUUUUACACUCUUUUUGAUCUCUAUACAGUUCUCAGUACUGAUUCCAACAUAUGUUUGCAGCAGGCACAUCUAAUUUUAUAAAUCCCAUGUUAUCACAAAAACCUUCAUGCAUAUAAUUUUAUUGUACAUGUGUAUGUUUAUAUAAGUAACUGUUAACAUAUUUUUUCAAUUCAAAUGUACAUGUGUAGACAAAAUUGUUGGUACAACUGACUUCCCUGUAAAGAAUAACUAAUGAAUACAUAUUGAAUUCAGUUGGUAAAACAAUGUGAUACUGAUUUCAUUAUCAUGAACAUUCUAAGACCUGUACUUGUUCACUGCCUGAGAUGUGUAGGUGGUAACUUAAUAGGGACCUGUACAGACUUUUCUUUCUAUACAAUGUUUUUAAUUUUUUUUAUUUUAUGUAAUAAAUUCUUUCACAGUGUUGAUAGUGA